AUGGCGCGGCUGGGCGCUGUUGCGGCGGUGGUGCUCUUCCUGGCGGCGGCCGUCGUGGCGGCGGAGGCCAUCCUGGACCCGACGGACUUCCUGGCGCUGCAGGCGGUGCGGCGGUCGCUCUACGACAUGCCGGGCUCGGCCUUCUUCGACGGCUGGGACUUCACUGCCGACCCCUGCGGCUUCCCGGGGGUCUUCUGCGACGGGAACAGGGUGUCCGCGCUCGCGCUCGGCGACCCGCGGGCGGGGUCGCCGGGGCUCACCGGCAGGCUGGACCCGGCGCUGGGCCGGAUGUCCGCGCUCACGGAGCUCUCGCUCGUGCCGGGCCGCGUCCAGGGCGAGCUCCCGGCCUCGCUCGCCGCCUGCGCCAACCUGCGCUUCCUGGCCGUCAGCAAGAACCUCCUCUCCGGCGCCAUCCCCGACGGGCUCGGCGCGCUCGCCAACCUCCGCACGCUCGACGUCAGCUUCAACCAGAUCUCCGGCGCCAUCCCGCCGUCCCUCGCCUCCCUGCCCUCCAUCACCAACCUCAUCCUCUGCCACAACCAGCUCACCGGCGCCAUCCCGUCCUUCCCGGACGCCUCCCCGCUCCUCCGGCUGGACCUCAAGCACAACACCCUCUCCGGCGGCGUGCCCACCCUCCCAGGCUCGCUCCAGUACCUCUCCCUCGCGGCCAACCGCCUCACCGGCCAGGUCGACUCUGUCCUGCCGCGCCUCACCCGCCUAAACUUCCUCGACCUCAGCAUGAACCAGCUCCAGGGGCCCAUCCCGCCCUCCGUCUUCGCACUCCCGCUCUCCGUGCUCCAGCUGCAGCGCAACUUCUUCUCCAGCCCCGUCCAGCCGGCGGGCGACGUCACCAUCCCGGUCGUGGACCUCAGCUACAACCGCUUCUGGGGCCCGCUCUCGCCGCUCCUGGCGGGGAUCGGCCAGCUCUACCUCAACAACAACCGCUUCACCGGCGACGUGCCGUCGCGGCUCGUGCAGGAGCUCGUCGGCACCGGCGGGCUGCAGGUGCUCUACCUGCAGCACAACUUCCUCACCGGCAUCGAGAUCUCGCCGUCGUCCUCGCUGCCCUCCGGCGUCUCGCUCUGCCUCAUGUACAACUGCAUGGUGCCGCCCGUGUACGCGCCCUGCCCGAUCAAGGCCGGCACCACCAACACACGGCCCGCCGACCAGUGCCCCGAGUGGAGGGGCUGA